AAGAGCCGAAACGACUGUUUAGAGAGGAAGAGAGAAAGGGGAAAGAGAGAAGAGAGAGAAACAAGAGAGGACAGAGAGAAUGGGUGAGGUAGCUGAUGCAUUGACGAAGAAGCGGAAGAAGAAAGGAAGGCCAUCUCUGAUCGAAGUCCAGAAGCGAGCUCUGAAGCAGCAGCAGCUAUUGCUUCAGAACAAGGAAGAGGCUAGAUCCGGAUUCAGAAACCCUAAUUCCGCCGCAACCGGAUCCAGUCACCGGAUUUAUAAUCCAAGCGGAGAAGAAGAAGAGGAAGAGGACGAUGAUGAGAGACGAGACAAGAAGCAUCGGCUUUUGCACGGAUUGAACUCACACGACCACGACCGUCGUCGUGGUGAUUCUUCUAAUCUCCAAUCUAACGGCUGUGAAUUGGACGCGUCAGCCGCCGGGAAAAUUGGUGGCAACGGAUCUGAUGUUACGGGACAAAAGGGUUCGAAAGCGACAGACAUUCGUCAAAGGGUGUCUCUUGUGGAGUCUGGGCCCGUUACACCAUUGCCAGACAAAAAGUUGCUCUUGUUCAUCCUUGAUAGAGUUCAAAAGAAGGAUACUUAUGGAGUGUACUCUGACCCAGUUGAUCCAGAGGAGCUUCCUGAUUAUCAUGAGAUUAUCAAGAAUCCUAUGGAUUUUACCACAUUGCGGGAGAAAUUAGAAGCCGGCGCUUACGCUACCUUAGAACAAUUUGAGCAAGACGUGUUCUUAAUAUGUACAAACGCGAUGGAAUACAAUUUAGCAGAUACUAUAUACCAUCGACAGGCACGAGCAAUGCUUGAGCUGGCCAAAAAGGACUUUGCAGAUUUAAGACAAGAAAGUGAUGGAGAAGAACCAGUGUCAGUGUCACAACAGCCUAAAGUGGUCAGAAGAGGCCGUCCUCCAGGAUCAGGCCUUAAGAAACAACAGUCUGAGCAAUUUUUAAUUGACCGGACUAUAUCUGAGAGUUCAGCUGAUGCAGCAGCAGCACACACUCCUGGUGGAGAUAGCUCAAGACUAUCCGGUGCUUACAAUCUAAGAAGAACACCUCCUUCUGUUAGAACCAACCAUUACAGCGAGAACCAAAGCAGCUUGUUGAUUGAUUGGGAGAAGGAGUUCCCACCUUCGGUUGUAAAGGCCGUCAACAAAUACGGAAUGAAGAAUGUCGACGAGAACAGGCGAGAUUCGUACUUCCUGAACGUCCCUACUUGCUUGCAAGAAGCUUCGGUUUGUACAACUCUUGAGGAUGGUUUAAAACAGUUAACUCCAGUUGGGUUGAAUACUGAAUAUGGGUACGCCAGGAGUCUAGCACGAUAUGCUGCAAAUCUUGGUCCUGUUGCUUGGAGACUUGCUGAAAAGAGGAUUGAGACAGUGUUGCCAACUGGAACCGAGUUUGGUCCAGGUUGGGUUGGAGAGAAGCCAGAAGCUCCUCCUCCUCAGCAGCAAAAGUGUUGGAAUGACUUGGCAACUGAGCAUCAUUCAAGCAGGAUCAUGUCUCCGACCACCUCUGUCAUAGGAAACACACGUUCUUCCUAUGAAAGUAAAGAGACUGCACCAGCUGCUCGCUUGUUGAAGUCAGAAAUCAAUCCUGAGAGCAACGGUCUAAUCCGUGGUUGCAGAGAAGUUAACCGUAAUCCAAACUACAUGAUGGAAACAGCUUUGUUGCCUAACAUAAAAAAGGAAUUAAACCGGUUUCAACCUGAUCUCAACUCUAAGCUCGUCGUCUCGCCAAACUCGCCAGUCUCUAACCAUCGAGCAGGUUCAUCCCAGCAGCAUCCAGAUUUGGCAUUACAGCUCUAACUCACUAAGUCGUGAAAGCUUUUCCUGUAGGAAGAGGAGGAGGAGGAGGUUUGUGAUUGUGGAUGAAUUAUAUAGGGAAGUCUCUGUACAGAUUGUUGCAGCUUCCAGAUUUGUGUAGGGUAAAAGGAAAAAACCGAUUAAGAGAGUACUCUCACAAGGUGUAUGAAUGUUGUUAUUUAUACAAUAUUUUUUUUAGUUGAUCAAUUUAGAACAGUGAACGAGAGACGAUUGUAAUAUGAAUGUCUUGUGUAUAAUACUGUAUGCCUAUGCUUCGCUUGACU